AUGAAGGCCACUCUGAGGAUGAGAUGCAAGCUUGGAGCUUGUGGGGUGGCUCUGGAGAGCCUUUCAGCUCCAAAGGGAAAUGGAAAGUUAUAUGGACCAAUAUUUCGGACUAGUUUGGCGGGUAGACCGGUUGUAGUCACAGCUGAUCCUGAGUUCAAUAACUACUUAUUUCAGCAAGAAGGGAGGAUGGUGGAGCUGUGGUACUUGGACACGUUUUCGAAGAUCUUCGUCCAUGAAGGUGAAUCUAAGACGAACGCAGUUGGUAUGGUUCACAAGUAUGUAAGGAGCAUUUUCUUGAAUCACUUUGGUGCUGAGAGGCUUAAGGAGAAGCUACUCCCUCAAAUAGAAGAAUUUGUCAACAAAAGUCUAUGUGCCUGGUCAAGUAAGGCCUCUGUUGAAGUGAAGCAUGCAGGCUCAGUUAUGGUUUUUAAUUUUAGCGCGAAGCAGAUGAUCAGUUAUGAUGCAGAAAAAUCAUCUGAUGACCUGAGUGAGAAAUAUACUAAAAUCAUAGACGGUCUUAUGUCCUUUCCCUUGAACAUCCCUGGUACAGCCUACUAUAAUUGUUCGAAGCACCAAAAGAACGUAACAACCAUGUUGAGGGAUAUGCUAAAGGAGAAAUGGAUUUCACCUGAGAUGCGGAGAGGAGAUUUCCUUGAUCAAAUCAACAUUGACAUGGAAAAGGAGAAAUUUUUGUCAGAGGAUUUUUCAGUUCAGCUGGUAUUUGGGGGCUUUUUUGCCACCUUUGAGUCUAUUUCUGCAGUAUUAGCAUUAGCUUUCAGUUUACUGGCAGAGCAUCCUUCAGUUGUAGAAGAGUUGACGGCUGAGCAUGAGGCAAUUCUCAAAAACAGGGAAAAUCCAAAUUCCUCACUCACAUGGGACGAAUAUAAAUCGAUGACUUUUACUCUUCACGUUAGUUCCCAAAUCUCAACAAGCAUUUCCUUCUUCCUUGCACAACAGCUUUGA